GACAGACCUAUGCCAACAGUGUUCAAGAAGAAAUAUAAGAGUUUACAACAAGCUUUUAUGGAUUUAUCCAACAUUCUUUUCAUCAAGAUACAUUCAGAUAGUUAAAGAAAGUUAUAAGAAGAACCAGUGAUUAUAUUUAUUUAUGUGUAUAAGGACAUUGAACAAGAUGAUGUCAGCAUCUUAAGGAGUCGUUCUGAUGCCUCUAUUGAAGUUUGAAUAAGGAGUAGAAGCUCAUCUCCUCCCUGGAUGUUUUAAUAAUCUCGUAGGGUGAAGUUGUCGUGUUUAAAGCUCUGUAGGUGGAUGUAAAGAAGGUCUCUGGGCUUUAAGAACUGGUUUUGUAUCGAUUGUGUGUGAAUGGAGCUGAAAGAGCGGAGACCCUGAUGUCGGAGGUGCUGCUGCUGGCCUGUGCGCUUCUCUCCUGGAUCAUCACCUGCCAGUCUGGACCAUCAGGACCAUGCACAGAUCUGUUACCAUUGGAUCUCCUGUCACAUGUUCUUCCCAAGGCCCAGAGAGCCCAGAGUGGGAUACGCAUGGUCCAGUCCAGGGGUGCUCGAGGUUUCCAGUUUUCUGGCUCUCCACAUCUUUUUAGCUUCCCUGCAUCUCAGCUGUUCACUAACUGUAACUUCUUUCCUGCUGAAUUCUCUAUUGUUUUCACAUUGAAAAUCCCCCAAAUGGCUCCUGAGAAAAGUGAAUACAUCUUCACACUGCUGGAGGGAGAUUCAGACAAUCUGCUCCUCGGACUGCGCCUGUCCCAGAACACGCUUCACUUCCUGCAGAAGAGCCAGGGCAACAGGAAACGCAUCACUUUUAAGGCAGUAGGGCUGGCUGAUAACCGUUGGCACACCGUGGUCCUGGCAGUGACCGGACACUACACCCUCCUCACUGUAGACUGUGGCAUUCCCCUCGAGCUAGUGCUUGAAAGAUCCUUCCCUGAUGAUCUUGAUUCAACCGGUUCGACAUUCUUCAUUGCUAGUGCAAGAAGAUGGAAUGGCUUAUUUUCUGGGCUCCUGCGACAGCUUGUUCUUUUACCUGGUUCAGAUGCUACCUCAAAAAUAUGUCCUUCAUCUGAACCCCAGCUAUCUGAGCUCUCAAUUCCUCAGGCCCUUUUACACCUGCCAAUCAAAUCAUCUUCCUCUGACCUCCUCCCUCACCCUUAUGAAGCAGAGGUUCGGGUAACUGCGGGUGUGAAACCCCCGUGUGGGGUCUCCGAGGAGGGUCAGCUGUGGUUUAACACACUGCACAAAGGACUCUUCCUCUGCGACGGCAUGAUGUGGCUCACCAUGCUGCAAGUGAAACAAAGGUUGGAUUAUGUGGAGCAUCACCAGGAUCUAUUCACCAACUCUGAGACCUUUGACAUUGAAGUUUUCCAGAUUCCUUCAGUAGGGCUUUUUAUCGCCACCGCCAACCGUGAUUCCGACCUCGGCUCAGGAAUAUACAAAUGGACAGACGGGAAAUUUGAGCGAUAUCAGAAUAUCAGCACCUAUGAUGCACAAGCAUGGCAAUACUUCACAGUGGGCAAAAAGAAACUCCUGGUUGUUGCUAACUGCAGAGGUAUAAAUGCAGAAGACCCGGAAAAGUCUGUAAUAUAUAAAUGGAGUUCGAGGAAGCUGAAGUUUAUUCGCUAUCAGUAUCUGAGCACAUACGGUGCCCGUGACUGGGAGGCCUUUCACAUUCAAGAUGAAGCUUUCCUGGCUGUGGCCAAUCAUAGACAAGGAGAGAGGAAUCACAACAUUGACAGUGUUAUCUACAAGUGGAACCCAGUUACGCAGUAUUUCGAAGUCAAUCAGACAAUCCAAACAUCGGGUGCUUACGACUGGGAGUUUUUCACCAUCGGUCCAUUUUACUUCCUUGUGGUCGCUAACACAUUCAAUGGAAAGUCAACGGUCAUUAGUUCUACCAUCUAUAUCUGGCUGGAGGGGAUGUUUCAGCCUUAUCAGUCAAUUACAACCUUUGGUGCGAUAGACUGGGAGAUGUUUCAGAUUGAAAACAGGAUCUUUUUGGCUGUAGCGAACAGCCAGAUGCUGACAGAGGACGGAAAGAUUCUGUAUUCCAUCAACUCCACCAUCUAUGAGCUCAGCCUGACAUCACAAAAAUUCAUAAAGUUUCAGGAUAUUGCAACUAACAGUGCUUUAGACUGGGAGUAUUUUACUGUUGGAGAUGACAAGUUCUUAGUAGUUGCCAACUCAUAUGAUGGAACCUCAUACUCACUUAAUAGUGUUAUUUACAGGUGGCAGGGCUAUGAGGGCUUUGUCCCUGUACACAGACUAGGCACCAAUGGCUGCAGAGAUUGGGAAUUUUUUAACACAACAGACGGCUCCUACCUCAUUUACUCCAGUGCCAGGGCUGCUCUCUCUAAAGUCCUUAAAUUAAGGACCAUCUAGUGGCACUCCUUCUGCACAUAUGGACUGGCCAUGAGACAGAUCUGGUGCCAUACAAAAAGACUGCAACACCAAGCAUGAAUUAAUAUGAUAAUGUUAUUCUGAAUUUAUUAUUUACUGUAAAACAUUCAAGCACAGGAAUUAGACUGAAUAUAAAU